AUGGCAGACGAACAGAAACCGAAGACUAAGUCCUUCGUUGCGAGGAAGGACAGAUACUGGAAGAACCAGCACGCAGAGCUUUUCAGCAGCAUUGCCAUUGUCAAGAAGAAUUUGCUCAGUUAUGUACAAGCUCAUGUCAAUGAAGAAGCUUCGGCACAAUUGAAGCAAGUAGGCUUCCCUGUCUCUGAUGCCGACGGCAUGGCUAUAUUUGAAGCCCCUUCGUACGCAAUGACAGCUGCUUGCUUCCAAGACGAAGAAUACCAGAAGAUUGUGGUGCCGGAUGAGGAGAAUUUCUUGGACCGGGGCAGAUGUUUUGCAUUAGCGGCGGAUUUGGUGCCAGUCUUGGAUGAUGCUACCUAA